GGUUUCCGUCGCACGCGGGCCGUCCCGUGUUCCUCGCGAGUUUUUUGGUACCACUCCGAACUUCGCCGUUGCUAUGGCUGCGAGUUCAGGCGAGGCUGGGCCGAGGGGCGGGAAGUGACGAGUGUGGCUGUUGUUGGGACACGUGACUGGAGCUGCGCUGAUCUGUUUUGACAAGCAGCAGGGAGGGAAGUGCGGAGGGCAGGCGGACCGUGAGCAUCGCGACUGGAAGCACUCGCUGCCGCUUCCAUCCGCGACCUGCCUCGGCGAUCUCGGCGUCGAACUCGCCCCACGGUCCCCGCCGCUGGCCUGUCAGCGGUGCGACGGCGGCUGCUGCUGCACGGCGAACGGCCGCAGACCAGCGGGCGCGCGCGCGCUGCCGAGGCGUCGGAGCCGAGUUUGGCUGCUCGUCGUCGGGUUCGGAAAAAGUUUAGUGAAGCUCACAAAGGAAGUCAUCGCAGGUGGCGUUCGUGCCGUCGAGUUCGUGGCGACGGGUAGAAAGUGGACCGCGCGCGCUUGACGUCGCGAGAACAAUAACACGCUAAACAUGGUCCUGGAGCCCAAAUAAUAACAAUAAGAAGACAAAAAGCGAGGCCGCCCGUGAGCAGCGUCGGUACCGAGCUGAGGCUAACUACCUGCGCUACGUUGGGGGUUGGGGUGUUUAAAGCUACAUGGAGGGUCGUCGUCACCGCUUCACGCCGAACCUCCCAGCGACGACACGGUCAGUGGCUUGAGUUGCUCCGCUGCCGCGGUGCGGAGUUAGCGAGCCCCGCACCCGCGCGGCGUCGUCGUUACCGGAGAGCGCGCACAGAAAUGCACCGCGACGUAACUAUGGCUCAGGUGGUGGAAUUCGAGACAGGCUGUGACGGUAGCCAGCUCGCUAGUUAGAACGCGGGCAGCCCCGUUGGCCUCUAGCUAGGAAGCCGCUUGACAACGUCGCCCGGCGGACAUUAGCGAUCAGCUGUCUUUGUGCUCGUCGGCGAGGACGUUACGGUGCGACUCCAUGGACGUGUACAGUAGCAUGCUAACAAAGCGAUGCUUUGUUGUUGGAUAGGGGGCAGCUGGCACCGACACGCGCACUCUCCACAGCUGAUAUCGCUUAGCCAUUAGAGCGGAUCUCGGUCGCCGGAGGCUCGUGUGUGCGUGCGUGCGUGCGUGCGUGCGAGGGGGGACCCGACGCCGUCGUGUUGCAGUCCGGGCAGCGCGUGGCGGAACGCGAGAAAGAGCGUGAAGACCCCGCGAGAGGCCGUGGAGGCAGCCUGAUGACACUGGACAACAUGAAGAGCGAGCGAGAGGCAACGGAGGAGUUCUUUGAGUAUGACGCAGAGGAGUUCCUGGUGUUCCUGACCUUGCUGAUCACAGAAGGACGCACGCCAGAGUAUUCUGUGAAGGGCAGGACUGAGGGGUUGCACUGUCCGCCGGCCCAGUCAGCUAUGCCACCUCUUCACAAGCACGAAUGCAGCGACAAACUGCCUCAGUGUCGUCAGGCAAGACGAACUCGUUCCGAAGUGAUCCUGCUUUGGAGGAAUAGCAUUCCGAUUAUGAUCGAGGUUAUGCUCCUACCAGACUGUUGCUAUGGUGACGAGUGCCCCCCAAGUGACCCCAUCAGCGACCCGGUCAUCAAACAAGACGCUCUGCUGCUGGAGAGAUGGACCCUGCAGCCAGUUCCAAGACAAAGCGGUGAUCGUUUCAUUGAAGAGAAGACCUUGCUGUUGGCAGUCCGCUCCUACGUCUUCUUCUCCCAGCUCAGCGCCUGGCUCAGUGCCUCCCAUGGCAUCGUCCCCAGAAAUAUCCUAUACAGGAUCAGUGCUGCGGAUGAUGAGCUGGUGUGGCACUUCUCCCAGACUCCUUCAGAACACAUCUUUCCUGUGCCCAACGUGUCCCAAAGUGUUGCACUGCAGGUGCGCGUCCAGUCUCUCCCCCGACAGCCCACCUACCCCACCCUAGCCUGCAGCAUCCAUACCGGCCUGCCUCCGCUUUACAGCAAGACCCCCAGUCUCAGCCCGAACCCCAACAGCCACGGUGGCCUGCCCACCUUCCAAACGACGCAGGAUCCCAGCAAGGACCAGCUUCACAACUCUAACAUGUACAGCAAGAGCUCCAACUCAAUGUCUGGUCUUCUCCCCAAUGGAUUACCCAUACCUAAUCUUCCUAUCAACAACAUCCCCAUUAGCAGCCUUCCUCACACUGCUGUGUCACCCUCCUACAGCAAGAAGAGCCAGGAGCCUGGUGAUAGCUACGCAUAUCAGAACGGAGAGCUCCCACAGGUCAGCCUCCCCCAGCGUCAGGGUUCUCCACUCUUCCACAGAUCGUCCCACUCCCCCACCACCUCCCGCUCCCACUCCCCAUCUCUACUUCCCACGACUAAAGCGGGGAAGUGGCUGUACUCAGCCUUCAACGGCUCAUCCGACCCCACACAAGUCGAGGACUUUGGGCCUGGCACCAACAGCAGCGACAGGUCAAAAGGACCCCCCCCUGAGCCGCUGAGAGCCUUCAAGAGUUUCUCCCUGGCAGAGCCACCCCGCUGCCCCUCCCCGAGGCCUUCUGCACCUGAAACAAACCCCCUCAUUGGCUCCUUGCUGCAGGAGAGACAGGAAGUUAUCGCCCGCAUCGCACAGAGGCUCAACUUCUGCGACCCCACAGCACCACCGCUCCCCCCUGGCCUCUUCGUUUCUGACAACCCCCCCAAAGCCAUGUGGGGCAGUAAUAACGAUGACGUUACUGCCAGUAGAACCAAAGAGCCUGAGGUACCACCUUAUGAGUCUGUGGGAUGUGCGUGGCCAGGUCCCUUCAACACACCCGUGACUGACACUCCUUUCAGCAAAUUGGAGAGCUCCUCCCCCAAACCUGCAGUGUGCAGGAAGCUGAAAAUGACCGAGAUGAGAGACACAGAGGAGGAGAGGAUUGUAGAGAUGGAGAGAGACAAAGAGAAGGAACGAGACAGCUCUCUGAUCGCCCAGGCAGUGCAGGACAUAACCAGACUCAUCCAGGAGAGAUUGUCGGUCCCAACUCUGUCCCCCAGACACAGCCGGACCGGCAGCCCUCUGCACCACACUCACACAACAACCGUCACACACACUGUGCGCACAUACUCACACACCGCACAUGUCCCAGAAGCCUCCCACACUGCCACCAACGGCUACAUCAACGGCCACACUCGCGGCCACACUAGCCACGAACCUCAUCGAGGCAACACACACACAGUUGUCACACACGCGUCCGUUUGCACAGACAGCCCCCGAGUUGAUUCGGGGGCUGCAUACAAUUCUCCCCGGGCCCAGAACGGUGCUCACUCUACACUUGAAGAACCCUCAAUCAGAGACCAGUCCCACACCCAGCCUGGUCAGUGUUUACGAACACCCCCGCAGGAAAAGCUCAGAGUCAGGACACCCAGCAGCCAUGAAACCCCCACUGCCUCCACCGCCUUCGAGAACAGCCCGAGGAAUGCCCAGAUUUUUAAUUGGACUUUCAACGAUGCCAGCUUAGCCAUGAACUGUAACGUGAGACACAACCAUAGCAAGCCUCAUCCUCAGCCCCAGUCCCAGGUGCAGAUGCAGAAAUGCAUGCAAGCCCAGGCCUCUGCCCUACAGGAUGAGAACCAGGCACCCUCAGAGUCUGGGUGCUCCAGCAGUUCCAGUCCUGACAAGACUCCCCUUUCUACUGUACUGCGCUCUCACAGCCCGUCACCACUGCGCCCAUGCAACAGCUGGAAGAAGCAGAAUCGCCACUCGUUGGAUGCCACAGCAACCAAAGCCUUCCACCCGUGCACCGGCCUGCCGCUGCUCUCUAGCCCCGUUCCUCAGAGGAAAAAUCAAACAGGCUACUUUGACCUCGACACCUCUCUGGCAGCCUGUAAGGGUUUGCCUUGGGCCUCUGGGAAAAGGGUAUGUCCAAAGAGAGAGGGGUACACUGAGGAGUCACAGCAGCUGUUCAGUGCCAGUGCUCCACCUGCCAGUCUCAGCCUUCUGGGAAACUUUGAGGAGUGUGUGCUGAACUAUCGCCUGGAGCCUUUAGGGACGGUAGAGGGUUUCACGGCCGAGGUUGGAGCCAGCGGAUCCUUCUGCCCCAGUCAUCUGACAAUACCUGUGGAUGUGUCGUUCUACAGUGUCUCUGAUGACAACGCUCCCUCACCGUACAUGGGUGUGAUAAACCUGGAGUCCCUGGGAAAAAGGGGCUAUCGUGUACCUCCAUCAGGAACCAUUCAAGUGACCUUAUUCAACCCGAACAAAACGGUGGUAAAGAUGUUUGUUGUGAUGUACGACCUGCGAGCCAUGCCAGCUGGACACCAGACCUUCCUCCGCCAGAGAACCUUCUCUGUUCCUGUCCGCCGUGACGCAAACAAUCAUACCAGCAGGAAGCCCCUCAGCCUGGGCCAGGGACGCACCCUGCGCUACCUCAUUCACCUGAGGUUCCAGAGCUCGAAGUCUGGGAAGAUCUACCUCCAUAGGGACAUCCGACUGCUGUUUUCUCGGAAAUCCAUGGAGGUGGACAGCGGUGCUGCCUAUGAGCUCCAGUCCUUCACAGAGUCCCCCACUGACCCUCCAUUCUCUCCUCGAUGCUGAGGCCUGACUCCCUCCCUCCGUCCUACACUGGGAAGGCAGUUCCACCUCAAUGCCAGCAUUAGACUCCUCCUCAGCCUAGUUUAUGAAAAAAAAACAAGUUCAACAGCAGCAGCCAAUAAACUCACCUGGCCUGUUCCCAAAAUCCAAUGUUGCAUCCUUUCUGUCACUCAAAACUGACAAAGGGAAACCAGGAGGCCGGGGGACGGGUCAUAAAUGAAACCCUUUUCUCUGUUAAAUGCAGUGAUUGUGGACCAGAGAGCUUGGGUGAAGGUUUCUAAUUAUUGGAUAUGUUACAGAUCCUAUUCUUCUGGUCCUUACCAGAUACGAUAGGUAAAUCGUCUACAUGCUGUUGUGAUAUGCCUCCAGCGUCUGGCAGGAGUAACAGUUAGUUCCUUAGAGAAUUUAAAGUUCAGGUUACUUUACUCAGUUAAUUGGACUUUUACUUGACAUUGUGAAUGACAAUUAUCUAAUUUCUUUAUAGAUGCAAAAAAACCUUUUAAUGGUAAUGUUGAAUCCUUAAUCGGUUUGAUUGAACUCAAAGUAAACUCAGCUUUGUCCUUGUGAUUCCUGAGCUCAGCAGAGCGUGAGCAUUUGAAAGAGGAAGCGGAUGGCAGACUGCUGCCACGCCGACCCCUCGUCCAACAGAAAACCACAUCCCGUGGACCACCGAUGAAGUCAAACAAGCAAUCAAGCUCAAGUCACCUAACGGCAUCACAGCAGAACAUCAGAAGUGCACUGUGGAUUUUUUUUUUCUCAUAACUGGAAAUGAAACAGUAAAUAGUAAUAUUCUAAUACUUUUGUACUGUUACAGAACCACUUUAUUGGAAGUGUUGCAAUAGAAAGAGUAACCUUAGUUUAGUGUUUACACGUUCACUUUCUGUUUACUUACCAUCAGUUUAUUUAAUAUUUAAAUUAAUAUUUCAGUUACUACUUGUGACGUCUGUCAUGCUAAGAUGAUGUAGUGUAAACUGUAUAUCAUAGUAUGUAUUUUUGACAUUAAUAUUCAAAUCUGAAAAAAAUAUCUAUAUAUCUUCUAAAGCAUUUUUGAAAUCUG